AUGAGUGAACCAAAGCCUAAGCCAUCAAGCCCGACGGUGCAAGUGUCACAAUGGGUAUCAAAGCUGAAGCUGGAUGACAUCCCGGAGCGAGUUCGUACUCGAGCAAAGUACCUAAUCCUCGAUGGACUGGCAUGUGCAUUUGUCGGAUCUCAUCUACCUUGGUCCGAGACGGCAGCGCAGGCGAUCCUCAACCUGGAGCCAAUGCAGGGAGAUGCGUCGCUCAUCAGGUGGGAAGGACGCAAGGUUACCGCUCUCACUGCCGCGCUUCUAAAUGGAACUUUUAUCCAGGGUUUCGAGCUGGAUGACUGGCACAGCGGGGCUCCCCUUCAUUCGAACAGCAUCAUUCUGCCAGCUCUGCUUGCCGCUACGCAACAAGCCAAUGCACAUGUAUCUCACUCCACAACCUCCGGACAAGACUUCCUGCUCGCGACUAUCGCGGGUUACGAGACAGGGCCACGUGUAGGACGCUCCCUCUGGGGCACACAGGUUCUCUCAUCAGGCUGGCAUUCUGGAGCAGUCUUCGGACCUGCUGCUGCUGCCGCCAGCGUGAGCAAGCUUUACGGGCUCAAUGCAGACAAGAUCGAGGAUUCUUUUGGGAUAGCCGACGUCAAGCGCAUGCACCAUGGGUUUGCAGCACGGAACGGUCUUCUGGCUGCUGUCUUAGCACAAGGCGGUUAUGUGGGUAUCAAGCGAGUUUUCGAGCGCGAGUAUGGAGGCUUCUUUAAACAAUUCAGUUCUGGAAAUGGGAAGCAGCCCCAAUAUCGACUAGAAGAGUUGACGAGCGAGCUGGGAACUAAGUGGCAGACGGACGGUAUUCGGAUCAAGCCGUAUGGAGCGAUGGCAGGUACACAUCCUAGCAUUGGCUGUAUCCGCCGUCUACAGGAACAAAAUCCUGAUCGAAUGAAGGGGUUCGACGAGAUAAAGGAAAUCGACAUCCUUCUUGGCGAAGCUGCUUUCCAUCACGGAGGCUGGAGAGCCGUCAAGCCUCUCACAGCAACAGGAGCCCAGAUGAGCAACUCGUUCACGACCGCAACACAGAUUGUUCAUGGACAAGUUUUGAUGCCGCAGUUUACCCCCGAGAUGCUCGUUGAUAAGGAUGUCUGGAGACUUGUCGAUCUCACUGAGUGCAGACUCCAUAUUACUGAUGGUGACUCAAUCGGCUGUCAAGAAGUGAGGAUUAAGUUUGAAGACGGGACAGUCCUACGUCACGGUGUGCCGAAUGCGUUUGGCGUGGAUCCACCUCUAUCUAACGAAGAUAUAGUGGCCAAAUGGAGGCAACUAACAAAGGACAUUGUUGCUAAUGAAGUAGUAGAAAAGAUUGAGGAGAUAGUGUUGUCUUUGGAGGAGCAGGAUGAUCUUGUAACACUUUUUGAGCUUAUUAGUCAAACAUCAAAGAAUCCGCUGGCCAAAUAG